AACGCAAACGCGGAAGCGACGGCUUUCACGGGUAUUUUGUACAGAGUGGAUGUGUGGUGCCGUGUUUGACAAUCGGAAUCGUAGGCUUAUUUGUCUCUGGAUUUGGACGCUCUUGAGACGCAUGCAGCCCGGUGUGCCAUGAUUCCCAUAGCGGUGGUGGUGUGUGUGAUGGGCGGCUGGUGUACUGUAUAUCUGGCGGACACGCUGCUGCGGUCAUCCAGUUCGGUGAAGAACCGCUAUGAAUCCUGGUUAUCCUCAAAUGGAUUCACUCUCUCUCCGUUCCAUAUUAAAUGGCACACUGGCAUGUUCAACCGUCUGUUUGCCAGAUGUGCUCAUCUCAACCCUCACUUUCUUUACAUCUGGUUCAGUGCUGGUAUGGUGUUCGGGGUUCUGGCGAUGUUUGGCUCUGUGGGUCUCCUGAGCAAAACGUUGCUGCAGACUUUGAGGCAAAUGAUGGCAGAGACACCAGAGGGGUCGCAUGAACAGGUCUUGCAAGUGGUGGUGCCUGGUGUGAACCUUCCUGUCAGUCAGCUGGCCUAUUUUUUCAUUGCCAUCUUGGUCAGCGGAGUCAUACAUGAGUUUGGCCAUGGGGUGGCAGCACUGAGGGAGCAGGUGAGGUUGAAUGGUUUUGGCAUGUUCAUGUUUGUGGUUUAUCCUGGAGCAUUUGUGGACCUCUUCACCACACAUCUGAACCUCAUCUCUCCAAUCCAGCAGCUUAGAAUAUUCUGUGCCGGUGUAUGGCACAACUUUAUGCUGUGUGUUGUGGCCCUCAGUUUCCUGUUCCUGCUGCCCAUCUUCCUGUUUCCCCUUUAUUACACUGGAGCAGGGGCGCUUGUCACUGAGGUGGUGGAGGGCUCCCCUUCAAGUGGACCUCGUGGGCUGUUUUUAGGAGAUCUGAUUACCCAGCUGGAGGACUGUACUGUUCAGGGAGUGCAAGACUGGCACAGCUGUGUUCAGCAUCUAUCCCAUAAUCGUCAGACGGGAUACUGCGUUCACACUGCCAAACUGCAGCUCAGUUGGACACAAGGAAGAGCAUUCAAGCGUCUCGAUGGCACUAUGGAAUGCUGUGGGAACAACAGCUUGACAGACCUCUGCUUCUCUUAUAGUAAUAACGUUGAGAGCAAAUUGUUUGCCUGCCUGCCGGUCAGAAAGACCAUUGAAGCGAGCCGUACAUGCCGUACCAACACAGACUGUCAAACAGACUUCAUCCCAAGCUUGUGUUUAAUCCCGUCUCUGGAGAACCAGACCAGACUGAUUCGGGUCAAACACCCACCCCAAACAGACAUGCUGUUUGUCGGCUACCCUUCACACCUACAAUAUUCAGUGAGUCUCACCAACUUCGUUCCUCGUUUGGGCUUUCUUCAUCCAGACCUGCCUGUCAUGCUGGAGACUUUCUGCAAAUACCUCGUCUCAUUGUCUGGGGCCCUCGCGGUGGUAAACGCUGUCCCGUGUUUUGCGCUGGAUGGCCAAUGGAUGCUCACAGCGUUUCUAGAAGCCACGUUGAGCUCUGUGAUCCCAGAAAGGAAUAACCGAGAGCUGAUCGGCUUCUUUUUUCUUCUGGGAGGCAGCGCCCUUCUAGCGGCCAAUGUGGCUCUGGGUCUGUGGAUGGUCACGGCACGGUAACAUAUAGGUGUCUCCUCCAAUCAGACCGUUUGGGGGAAAUUGCUUAUUGAAGAACCUUCUUGAGCAAAUGGAAAGGUGGUUUUACCUUUGUUGGUAAUUGCCAGAUUGCUCACCCUGAGACGGCGUCCGGAGGGUUAAAAGUGCUGCUGUACUCGAGACAACUCUUAAUCGAUGUGUUCUUAGGUUUGAAUGGCUGACCUAGAAACAAGCAGUAAAAAUGAUCUUGAAUCUGCAUGAUUUUACUCAGUGACCUCAGGACAGUGCCAAUAGUGCCCCUUUGAUAAAUACAUGUCAAAAGUGUGUUUACUUCAUCAUGUGAACUGAUAUCAACAAAUACAUGGAGGAUUCCAUGGGCAUUACUUGCCUGUGUGGACUCUGUCUUCCUAAAGUACAUAGCCACACAUAAUAUGUGUAGUUUUACAUUAUACAUUCUUUUCUUAAUUGUCUGUAGUUCACACAUCAGCUCAACCCAAACAUUUACAAGUGUACUGCAUAAAUAAAGCCAACUAAAAUGACCUGAGAUGGGAAAUUUGAGAAGCAAAUAAAACAGGUGCACUGAGUAAUCUAUAGAAAUUUGAAAAUCUCCAGCCAAAUUUGCUUGUGUUAUCUCAGUGAAAACUGUGUAACUGAGCAUUUAACUCAGUUUUGAUUUUUAACUCAAUGCUGAAAUUAUUUGUACAAUGGCAUCUGUAACUGAAAAUGUUUGCUGUUGCAUGAUGCUGCAUCCACACCACUAGGUUUCAAUA